CGGAUUUCUCGUUUCGACCUUUGGGUCUUGUAAUUUUGUUCGCGUCACUCUGAUUUUGUGUUCCAAUCUAAGCAUUGGGUAGAUAUGGCAGUCACUACGACAAUGAUGACUAAACAGCAUCUGCUGACCUACAUCUACCUUCUUGUUUACAUUUCACUUUCUUCAGGGGUUAUUCUGUACAACAAGUGGGUUCUCUCCACAUUGUACUUUAAUUUUCCAUUUCCAAUAACACUCACUAUGAUCCAUAUGGCUUUUUCUGGUGCGGUGGCCUUUUUGCUUAUCCGAGUUCUGAAGGUUGUAUCACCUAUUAAAAUGACAUUUAAUAUAUAUGCAACUUGUGUGGUCCCUAUAAGUGCCUUCUUUGCAGCAAGUCUGUGGUUUGGGAACACUGCUUACUUGUACAUUUCUGUGGCCUUCAUCCAGAUGCUUAAAGCCCUGAUGCCAGUGGCAACAUUUCUCGUGGCUGUUAUUUGUGGAACUGAGAAAUUAAGGUGUGACGUAUUCCUGAACAUGUUGCUGGUCAGUGUUGGAGUUGUCAUUUCCUCCUAUGGGGAAAUUCAUUUUAAUGUGCUCGGUACAGUUUAUCAGGUCACAGGAAUAGUUGCUGAAGCGUUGAGGCUGGUCUUAACUCAAGUUCUUCUUCAAAAGAAGGGCUUGACACUGAACCCUAUUACCAGCUUGUAUUACAUAGCACCCUGCAGCUUUGUAUUUCUUUUUGUGCCAUGGUAUAUCCUUGAGAAGCCUGAAAUGGAAGAUCCACAUAUGCAGUUUAACUUCUGGAUAUUUUUUUCAAAUGCUCUUUGUGCUUUGGCAUUGAAUCUUUCAACAUUCUUAGUGAUUGGUAGAACUGGGGCGGUAACUAUUCGAGUGGCUGGAGUCUUGAAAGACUGGUUACUUAUCUCUCUUUCAACUGUCUUAUUUCCUGAAUCAAAGAUUUCUGGCCUUAAUGUUGUUGGCUAUGCUAUUGCUUUAAGUGGUGUUGUUUUUUACAACUACCUGAAGGUCAGGGAUGUUCGCUCAUCUCAACUUCAAAGCAUCCAAGAUGAAUCAGCAAAGGAGGUACAGACCGAGAAAAAGGCUGAUGAUGAUGUGAACAACAAUGAGGAGACUUUAUGGAAUGAUUCAGUUUCUGAUACUCGUUUAGAUGAAGAAGCACCUUUAAUCUCUUCGUCACGGAUAUCUCAUCUUGGAAGAAAGCCAGCUUAACAACAAUCUAGCAUAGAGGCAAAAGAACUUUUCAUCUUGGAAGAAAGCCCCCUUAUCAGCGAUCUAGCUUUUAGAGGCAAAGAGCGUUAAGGAACCAAAUCAAAGUAUAUGUCCUAACCUUUCUUUCCAAAAAGAACACACAAACGCCUCCUUCCAAAAGAGGAGGGAAAAAACAAAAGGAGAAAGAAAACAGAGCGGAGGAAAACAUGUUGAAAUUAUUUGGCAGAGUAGAUUUCUUUCAUGUUGAAAUUAUUUGGCAGAGUUGAUUUCUUUCAUGUUGAAAUUAUUCUUUAAUAAAUUGAUUCAUUCUUGUAUAUGCUUGACUUGACUUGACCAUGCAUUGAAGGUUCUGUUUCUUCCAAAUGGACCUCUCUUUUUUUUUUUGGAUGUUACUCCAAAUGGACCUC